GCCUACCUGGGUUUUCUCCCUUGGUGAUUAUAACCAAGGAUAAUCUUUUUUAAAAUGGCGUCUUUAUCAAUUUGUACUUUACUGACAUCGUUCUUCCUGUUUGUUAAAGGUGAUUUUGUACUUCAAAGCGAACGCCAAUGUGGAACUUAUUUAAAUCCUGUUGAAGAGCGAGUUCUUGAUGUUGAUGAAUUAGAUGUUUUUUCACAUAGUGGCAAUCAAUAUUAUGCAUCAAAAAUGGAUUGCAUUCUCACAAUUAUUGGCAAAACAUAUUAUCAAUGGGAAGUCACUGUUACUCAGCUAAACAUUGACAAAUACAAGGAUAGCUGUAGAGAACAACGUGCACCAUGCUGCAAUGAUUACUUGAAAAUUUUUAACAGUUAUAGGGUGGAUAAUGCAAGAUUGUUUCCUUCUGUUCCAUGGAGAGGUUUGUGUGGUACUGACCUUCCAAAGCAGUCAACUUUUACAUCAACACAGAAUUACAUUACAAUUCAGUUUAAUGCAAAUCCUGUUGAAGAUUUUAUGACUGGCUUUGUUAUACAUUUAAGGCAGUAUCCUAGAAGAAAUUCAGGAAGUGAAUUUUCACAGACAGGAUAUAUUGGAGGUUGGAAUGAUGGGAGUUUAACUGAACUACAGAUAGAUUGGUCUGAUCAGGAACUAAUACCUGGAGAUUACCAGCCAGGACAGGACCCUACCUUUGAGUAUGAUCCUAAUGGCAUACCCUGUUAUGAAUGUAUUGGAUGCAAACGAGACUACUUCAGAACAACAGAUAUUGGUAUUGCUGUUAGAGCUGGUUGCUAUGUUUGUACCAAGGAGUGGCUCCAAGGUAAUGCUCAAGCAACAAGACAGUGUCUCUCUAAAGUGGGCUACCGGGAAAAACUACGUACACUGAUAGACACAUCAGGAAGUGGCUCAGUUGCAGACUACAGGGGCUGCAAAACAUUCCUUAGAGGAGUUCAGGGCACUACUUAUAUAAGUGUUUGUAUAUGUGAUACAGGUCAUUGUAACAAAGGAGUUGGACUACACAACAGCUGGAUGUUUGUUGCAUGUCACUCUUUGUUAUUGCUGUUAUGUUUUAUCCUUUAAGUACCUAAGAUUAAAAAUAACAUCCUUAUUGUACAAACUGUUGGUUUACUAUAAUGUAAAUAUUUACACACACACACUACUUUAUCAGACGUAUAUACCCAUGUAGGCCUACCCAUCUAUAUAUUAUAUAUUGAUAUCUCUUUAUAUGUAUAUAAUAUAUAAGCUGCUAGGUAGUGUGUCAUAGAAAACAAAAAAAUGUCACGUUGUUGUACUUGUAUGCAAUUCAUUGUUAAUUCUAUUUUGUGCUGACUUAAUUUUUUUUUUGGUCGUCGGCAGUUUCAAUCUUCUCAAAAUAUUCUAUACAUUAACACAGUUAUCAUUUUUUCAACUGCGUAAUGUCUUAUAAUAUUCUCUCUUAGACUGGUGGAGCAAAAGUGAUAAAUAUUAAUAAUGGUAGAGUGAAUAGUUAAUAAUUAAUUUUUAUGGUUCUUUGAGGUAAUUUUAAAGGGAAAUAACUAAUAAUAACUUUGCAAUCAAAGUUUAAAUUAUUUCCAUUUAGUGUCUUUUGGUUCUAAGAGCCAUGGUUUUUUAAGAUUAAAGAUUUAAUAAAAUGAUUAUUAUUUUCCAAUAAGUCGUUUCAGAGAUUUAUGGUAACUAAUUGUAUUAUCCUAUAGAUCAAUACGUAUUUGUUUUUACCAAUUCUUGCCGAUUUAGCUGGUGUGCAUUAAGUUACAGGAAAAAAGUCACACGAAUAAAAGUCACAAAUUAGUAUUUGCAUGGAAUUUGUUAAUACUUUUAUCUAUUAUAAAAAAAACUUACAAUUAAUUAAAUGUAAUGUAACCAUUUUAAAUAUAAAUGUGUGCGUUGUAUACAUAUAGUAAUAUUUAUAACACAUAAAAAAAUUUUUAGAGUAAAUUUUUUUGGCUUUAAUUGUAAUCCUGUUUUACAUAUAAUAUUUAAUAGAAUUUAAUAUAAUGCUCGAACCUUCUUGGUUUCAAUCGUGUUUGUUAAAUGCUAACUUUAAAUUAGCGUGAAAUGGCAUAAAGAGAUAGUUAAUGUGACUUGCUGCCCCAACUCAUCGCAACAAUAGUUCAACCACCUUUAUCACGCUCACAACAAAUCAUUGGAUCAAACCAGAAAGCUGACACGGUACUAAGACUGUGAUUGACGCAAAACGUAAACAACACAAUAUGGACGGACAAAGCCGACUUAGGAGAGGCCGACCAAGAUAAGGCGUACAGAAAAAACAUGCAAGCACAAUGAUGAGCCUAAAUUUCUUUUUGGCGUAUUUGAGGUUGCUACGUACAUUAUCUUAGAGUAUUUUAACUUAUUAUUGUUUUAAACCAUAAUGUUUUUAAAGUUUACAAAUAUGCUACCAAAAAAUUACCAUGCAUAUUAAUAAACACCCAAAAUUUUACAAAUAUCAACAACUAGAUCAAAAUAUUUCUUAGAAUUAUUUUGUGACCUUUUUCAGUGACUUUUUCUGAUAAAACUUUUCGUUGUGACUUUUUUUUCUCUGACUUUUUUCCUAGCAAAAACUGACUUUUUUCUGUUUUUUUUUCCUGUGCCUUUUUUUCUGUUCACCAUAUAAAUGAUAUGACUCUGAUGCUCAUUAUAUUUGUGUAACGAAACUUGUUUUUGAGAAAUGGCAGGUGAAGUGUAAGAAAUUUUAGAAUGAUUUAAAAGUGCACUGAACUGGUUGCUGUUUUGAGCAUAGCUUUAUGCAAUGCUCUUUAAUUUUUCUCUAAACAAUCAACUAACACAUCCGCGUUAACAUUUAAAUUUAAACAUUGCUAGAGCAAAGCCUAUUCCAUAAUGACCAGUAUAUAUAUAUACACACACACACACACAUACUUGCAUAUACAUGUACACACCCUCAUAUAUAAAUAUGCCUAUAUAUAUGUACCAGUCGUAAAUGUUAACUAUACAUUUAAAUAUUUUCAUUAAUAUUAACUUUCUCAUAUAUAUAGAGUAAAGAGGACUAAUCUCGUUUUACACAUCCCUGAGUUAAAAAAUUUAAGUUUUGCAAUUUUUUCUGUCUGAUAACUUGAGUACCUGUUCAGUUAUGUUGAUGAAAUUUCAUAUCUGAAUAUUAUAUACAAUUUGUAGUUCUGUAUCAACUUUAAAUGAAUUUUCAGUAACCGGAAAGCCAAUAACUUCAGCACUGUAUAAGUUAGGUGGAUGAAACUUUAAAUAUAAGCUUUAUGUGCAAUAGUUUUUUCAGGCUUAAAUCAAGUUUUGAAUGAUUUUUGAUAACGUAUAUGAUAUUUCACUGCAUUUUCUUGGGAACACUGAAACUAAAGUACUGGUUCAGUUAGAAAGGCAAAAUUUCAUUUAAAAGUAUAAAAAUCUUAUACUUGUAUAUAUAUUUAAGUAUUAUAUCAAAUUUUUAGUUCUGUAUCAACUUUUAUCACCAGAAAGCCAAUAACUAUAGCACUGUUUAAGUAGAUGAAAUUUAACGUAAGUAUUACAUUGAAUGCGCAGGUUACUGUUGACUUUUGAACAAUUUCCGUUAUCAGGAAAUGGUACUUUAUUUCCACGUGAACAUGAUAUCUUGAGUACUAUUUCAGUGUUUUAGAUGAAAUUUCAUAACUAAGUAUAACAUCUUAUACUUGGAUUCGUUGCAAUUUGAAUGCCCUAUGAUAACCGGAAGUGAUGCUUUACUCAAUUUCUUGUUUCUAAAAUAGCAAUAAUUUGAGCACUGAUUCAGUUAGGUAGACCAAAUUUAAUACAUGGGUACAAGACCUUAUUCUUUUGAUACUUUCAAAUUUUAAGUGAUUUCUGGUGACUGAAAGUACAAAAAGUCAUUUCCGAUUUCUCAAAAAGGUAACCAAUUUUUCCUUUGUAUAGUAUUAAUGCUCCACUCUAUUGGCUUUCAUUCACUUUGUGUACAAUUCUUUUUUCUACACAAUUUUAUUCUCUUUAAAAUAAAGCGGGAGUAAUCUCCCAAAUAUUCAUAUAUAACACUAAGGGGGAUGGCAGCUCCAGUACAUUUGGGCUAUAGAUAUGGUUUAAUCAAUGGUUUUUGGAGAAAUCAAAAAUAGUUUAGAGUACUACUUCCGGUCACUAGAAAUCACUCAAACUUUGACAGAACUCAGAGAAUAAGAUCUUUUACUCAUAUAUGAAAUUUUUUCUACCUAACUUACACAGUAAUCUAGUUCUAGGCUUUUAAGAAACUGAAAAAAGGAUAUAAGUAUAAGUGCCACUUCCGGUUAUCCAAAAAACUAUUUUAAAAAAAAAAACAUUCAUAUUUUACUGGAAAUGCUGUUCCCCUUACUGUAAUAUAAGAAUAUACGGGAAAGUUUAAGUAUAUAAGUGUAUUUAAGUGUAUAAGCACACACACAUACAUACACAGAUACACACACAUGUGUAUAAAUAUGUAUAUAUAUAUAUAUAUAUAUAUUUCUUUCUUCUUAUUAAACACUGGGUUCUACAUCUUAAAUAUGUUCCUAAAUAGCCAUCCAUAAACAGAAACGCAGAUAUAUCUUCUCCAAUAUGGUGAUUCAAUUUUGGACACAUAUUAAAAAUUGUUUUGAUAGCGUGAAGUUGUAUAGAAUUUAGUAAAUGUAUCUCAGUUUGUUACAAUAUGUUACCAAAACUUAAUAAUGCUUAUUCCUAAUAAAUGUAUUUCAUUCUAUAAUUUUCAAAGCAGCAAUAGUAGUUAUUAUUGUUAAUUUACUUAAGUAUAAACAAUGUAGAUAAGUAAUAAUAUAGAGCUUAUUUUUAUGUGGAUUAGUAAGCCUGUAUAAAAAAAAUGUAUUUAUAGAUUUAUAUUGUUUACUUGAGCUGAGCUUUAGGAAAUUAUCAAUUAAAAAAAAAACAGUUGAAUAAUAUUUUUCAUAUUAGAAUUGGUAAAUGUAAUUGUCAUUGGAUCCCUAAACUUUAAUCAGAUAGCAUAGAGAAAAAAAAUUCAGAUUUUAUUUUUGCCAAUAAUCAAUAAAUCAAAUUGUUUACCAUGUUUUAGAUUCAUAGCUCCAAAAAAAAAAGUUUAUAAAAACUGUUUGAUUUGUAUACUUGCAUAUUAUUUCAUUUGAAGUUACAUUACUAAACCAUAGGCACGUAAGUUAAAAAAGUUUUUUUAGAUGUUAAAAAUAUCAGGUUUUAUUUGAUUGCGUUCCAAGACAAAAAAUAAAAACAAUUUUACUAGUUAGGCUAAUUGUGCUACUAUAGUUCAUUAUCAUUUUGUUCAAUCUUAGCUGCUAGAAUUAUUUGUUUCAAAUUUUUUUUGCAUCAAUAGCUUGUUCUUUAUUUUUGGACUUUGAUGGCUGUGAUCAGUCUAUUUUACUUUAGUAGAUUCAGAAAGCAUUCUUUAGGCAUUGAUUUGAUACUUAAGUUAAAAGCCCUUUGGUUAACAUUAUGUACAAAUUUUCAUAAAGUAAUUUGACUGAUUUGAAUAUUAAGGGCUGUAACUGCGUUUUCAUACCUGGCAAUAUUGACAUUAAAUUUGUAUUUCCCUUAAUUGUAUUUUUUAAAUAUAUUUGAAUAGAUUCAGUGUGUGCUGAACAUUAUAUAAUAUUGUGUCCACCGACAGAUCUUUUUGUUCAAUGUAAAAUGUGAAAGUUUGUAUGAAAAGUGGUCAUUGUUAUAAAGAUUAGACUUAUUUGUAGUCUACUCCAAAUAUUUGUGAACUGAUUUGUUGAAACUCUAACAGAGGUUUGCAUUCUGUUUUAAAAUUUCAUAGUACAUAUUUGAACAUUCCAGCUUUGAAAGAUUAUUUUUGUAUAUUUUAAUAUUCAGGUACUUUUUAUAAAAUAAAGUUUUUUUUACAAUU